AAUUAUUAACGUAAAUAAAUUUUAAGUUAUUCGACAAAAUUUAAAUAUUGUUUUUGAAAAUUUCAAGUUUUCGCAAAUUCAUAAAUGUAGAGAAUGCCCGUUGCAGUGCGUUUAGUUGAGGUUCUAACCUUAAUAACAUUGCUUGGAAUUUUAACUGGUAUCUCAGUAUUUGUUGUAUUGGCCCAACGGGCAUCGUUUGUUUUAUUACUGCUUAUAACGCCAAUAACCUAUAUUUUACAUGGUAUUUUAUAUGUUGCGGAGAAGAUCUUAGUUACAACUUUAACGGGUUUAUUGGGUGUAACUAACAGCGUUAGUGAUAAUAUGAACUAAAUUACUUUUAAAUUUAAUUAAAAAUUAUAACAUUUUGAAAUGUUCGCUUGUUCGAUUUAUAAAUUUAUGCAUAAUGUAAUAAAAAUAUUCUGUGUU